GGUGGUCAAAUCGUAAUUCGCGAUUUUGUGAACACGUACCUUUAUUGUUUAGCACCUUAGCGAGUUGGCAGGUGCGUUAUUAUCUUACUGAAGUGGAAAAUCUUGCAGAGGAUCGCUUGAUCGGCGAGAGAGCGUCACUCAGUUUGCGGUUCAAUUACAAGGUUGCCCUGAGGUUGUUCAUUUUUAGAGAAGAGUUCACCUGUCAUAUCAUGCGAGAGUGUAUUUCAGUUCACAUCGGACAAGCAGGCGUUCAGAUUGGUAAUGCGUGUUGGGAACUGUACUGCUUGGAGCAUGGAAUUCAGCCUGAUGGCCACAUGCCUACUGAUAAAACAAUUGGUGGCGGAGACGAUUCCUUUAACACUUUCUUCAGUGAGACUGGUGCAGGAAAACACGUUCCUCGAGCUGUUAUGGUAGAUCUUGAACCUACGGUGGUUGAUGAGGUCCGUAUUGGUACAUACCGCAACUUAUUUCAUCCUGAGCAGUUGAUAAGCGGUAAAGAGGACGCCGCUAAUAACUAUGCGCGUGGGCACUACACUGUUGGAAAAGAACACAUCGAUCUUGUCCUUGACAGAAUCAGAAAAGUGGCAGACCAAUGUACCGGUCUUCAGGGAUUUCUUAUUUUCCACUCUUUUGGCGGUGGAACAGGCUCUGGGUUUACUUCUCUUCUCAUGGAGCGCCUUUCGGUUGACUACGGCAAGAAGUCUAAAUUAGAAUUUUCCAUCUACCCAUCCCCUCUGAUAGCCACUGCUGUCGUGGAGCCAUACAACUCGAUUCUCACGACUCAUACCACCCUGGAGCAUUCUGAUUGUGCAUUCAUGGUCGACAACGAAGCCAUUUAUGACAUCUGUCGUCGCAAUUUGGAUAUAGAGAGACCCACCUACACUAAUCUCAACCGACUGAUCGGUCAGAUUGUGUCCUCAAUUACAGCUUCCCUGAGAUUUGACGGAGCACUGAAUGUGGAUUUGACAGAAUUUCAAACCAACUUAGUGCCAUACCCUCGCAUCCAUUUUCCUCUCGCCACCUACGCGCCAGUUAUUUCAGCUGAGAAAGCUUACCAUGAACAGCUGAAUGUUGCCGAGAUCACGAACGCUUGUUUUGAACCAGCCAAUCAGAUGGUCAAAUGCGAUCCACGUCACGGUAAAUACAUGGCGUGCUGCCUGCUGUUUCGUGGAGAUGUGGUACCAAAGGACGUGAAUGCCUCUAUAGCUACUAUUAAGACCAAGAGGACCAUACAGUUUGUCGAUUGGUGCCCUACUGGAUUUAAGGUUGGAAUCAAUUACCAGCCCCCCACGGUCGUCCCAGGUGGUGAUCUAGCUAAGGUACAACGUGCAGUUUGUAUGUUGAGCAACACGACAGCCAUUGCAGAGGCCUGGGCUCGAUUGGACCAUAAGUUUGAUCUGAUGUAUGCGAAGCGUGCGUUUGUCCAUUGGUAUGUGGGCGAAGGAAUGGAGGAGGGAGAAUUCUCGGAGGCUCGCGAAGAUCUCGCUGCCUUGGAAAAGGAUUACGAAGAAGUAGGAGUGGAUUCUCUUCACGAAGAAGGGGAAGCCGAUGAAUAUUAAAGCUAACAUGUUUUAAUCUCGGUUAGAUUAAGUGUACUUAACAAUUUUAUCUUGAUUGAUCGAUUAAUUCGAUGAAUUUUUCACUGCUGUGGUGUUAUUCUUCCACCGGGUGUUUCCCUCGAGCCUCGGUUUUCAUUCAUACACUCAGAGUACUUGCUAAGGCACUACUCUCGCAUUAUCCCUUCUCGAUCUAUACUUAGUUAAGGUGCCCAGCGUCAGCGCGCUUUUUGAGAAUUGAAUUUGCUUAUAAUUAACUCACACGGACGGUUUAGAAGUGGAGAACUUUUUAUAAUGCUUUGGGAAAGAAAUGAGCCCGAGCGCAGAGAAAUCCAGCAAAAAAAUAUAAGUAUUGUUUAGUUUUUUUUAAUUGAGGUGCAUUCUGUGGGAUGAUGCAUCUGCGCUAAAAAUUAAAAGCGGAAUCCAAUGAGAAAAAGAGCAACAGUUUAAAAUCUCAAGAGCACUUUAAAUAUCCGCAAUAUUCGCCACCGCGAUCAUUACUCGAAGUUAGCCGGACGUCUGAUGUUUCCAGAAUGAGUUCACUCAUUGUAUUGUCCGAGUUCUUGCUUGAUUUCUUUGAUGAUUUCAUUUGGUUUAAGUUAAUCUUUUAGUUCCUUUUCCUGUUUUGUGGGACGGACAGUAGUACUUCAGUAGACGUUUGGAAAAGCUCACGAAAGCGUCACUACAAUGUAAACGGAUCAAUGUCAGUAUAAACAACUCUGACGAGAUCAGCGUGGUUGCCACGUGUGUGGGAAAUGUCGUUCACCAGAAGAAAUAUCUGAAAAGCUUUUCAUCGCAUCAUUCGUCAGUGAUUUUUCCGUAAUAAAAUUAAGUAUGUGUGAAACAACGUUGCUUUUGAAAGAUAACCAUAUCCAAUUUUUUCAUUAAUCUCCGGUGGAGAUCUAGAAAUUUAAUCCUUUUAGUAGAUAAAACGUACAAAGCGACGUUAUUAAAUGCACAAGCAAAUCGGUCAGUAAUGAUUAUCGACGUUAGUAUCUUAAGUGUAUCCAUUAGGUACAGGAAAACGUGCGUUAGACACAGACAUCUGUUAGUUAAAACUUUGCUUUUUGUAUAAACUCUGCUAUUUUUAAAACAUUCACCUUUGCUCUUACUAAUGUUUAUGUAAUUCAUCUGAAGUUAAUAAAGUCAUCAGUUGAAUUCUCAAAGAAACCGCCA